GAAAGAGCUUAUUCACUCAAUCGAGUCGCCUGGCUGAUUGUAGCAACAACCAUACAAGGCAGUGCGGCGAUUCAGUGUCACUUCCUCCCACUUCUUCCUGCGGUCUCUCAAAUUUUCUCUACCAAAACACUCAACACCCAACAUCAUCACAAGAUUGCAGUGGUUCUCACCUAUUUCUCGAUUGUUUACCCUUCCUCAGCUUCAUUACCAAAACGAAACAUGGCCUGGCAACCCCUGUUCCUCACAGUCAUGGCCCUUCAGUUCGCGAUUCUCAUCCUCCACUUCCUCGCUUCUUGGGCCGACGAGGUGUUCUCACAAUGGGUCAGCGCAAUGUACCAAGGUCUCCCUGACUGUUUCGCAAUCAAUUACUACAUGGAUGACGACGAACUCGACACCUUCGAGUGGUGCAUUCACUUCUUUCUCUUCGCCAUAGUGGUGUACAAGCUCUGGCCCCUGUGGUCGAAUUAUGACCAAGACCGUACUGAAGGCCGACUGUCGCAGAUGUUCGCCAAUCUCCCAGCGUCUCUUGUUCCCGGGUUCUUGCGGUCUCGCACAUCGUCCUACAACGGUGUCGAAGGAGUCUUGUGUUGGGUCUUUGACACGUUGGCAACCUCCCCUUCGUCGUCGCUUCUUCCUUCAGAAAUCGUCUUUGUCCCUGGCAGCUUUCCUGAAGACAACAGCGAGGAGGAUGCUGUUGUCGAAGGAGGAGUGGUACAGGUCAACGAGAGCCUGGAGAGCGUUGCGGUGGUGGACGUCGCUGUCCAGGUAGCUGUCGAGGUGUCAAAGUUUGCCAUUGUGGCACCAAUAAGCACCGUCGAGAUCGCUGCCGAGACCGUGGUUCAUGCCGAGGAUCCUGCCACCGACAAGGUGGCUCUCCUCGAAAGCUUCAAAACAGGCCUAGAACGCGAUCUGGCGGCGGCGACGGUGCGCGCGAAGGACGCCGAAAAGGCAACGAGCGCCUUGAAGCUCGAGCACGAUACUGUGAAGGCCGAGCGUGAUGAGUUGAAAGCGAAAGUCGCCACGCUAAAGAAAGAGCACGACGAUGAGCCAAGACAGCUCAAUACGCUAAAUACAGCCAAUCAACAGACCUGUGAGGACUUGCAGAGCAAACUUAACAGAGGCGAGAGUCAAUACCAGCAAUGGUUGAUUGAGCGAAAGUAUUUGAUGGACGAGGGCCAGAAAUUGUGGGUUCAUUGGGAGACUAGGGGUCAGCAGCUGGAAGCUCUGGAGGCAACAUACAACAGUCUGCUUCAACAAAAGGAGGAGGAGUUGAGGAUCCAAGGAGAAAGCUAUAAUCAGCGUUAUCAGCUGGUGAAUAUCAAGCGAGAGGAGUGGAAAACACUGCAAGAAAGCUACAAUGUUGAGAAGCAGCAGAAAGAGGCCAAAGAGCAGGAGCUGAAGGCUCUACAAGGCCAACAAACCACACUGAAGGAGCAGGCAAGGGACUACCCAGCACUGGCCCAGAGAGCAGAGUCGAGAAAGGACCGGAUAAAUGGUUUGACAUCCGACUUGAAAGCCAUGAGGCAAGCCAACCACACACUGUCCGAAUGGCUCAAAGACGAAAAGCAGAAAGUAGUAGAAAAGGAGAGCACCAUCGUCGACCUCAGAAAUCAAUUGACUCUGGCAACUACUACCAAAGCUGAUGUCCAUGCCACGCCAAUGGAGGUUGACACAGAAUCCAAUGUUACAGCCACGGAAGUACAGGCAAAGGACCGACUCAUUGCCGAAUUGAGGCAAGAACUGGCACAGGCGCGGGCGAAGGCUGAAGCGAAUGACACGCACAUGGAGCUGGACACAGUGCCCUCGACUCCAAUGUCGGCUCGCUCACAAGGCAACAGAAGCACAGCGUCAAGUGCUGACCAAGCAACUAUUUUCAAGACCACGCCUCUGAUCUCACGUGGAAAGAUAGGCUCGGACCCAUUCCCGGUCCGAACACCACCACACAUCACGAAUACGACUAUGCAAGCACAUUCCCUCCAGAAAGUCAAGUCUGAGGCUUUGGCAGAGGCGGAGCAGCGCUACGUUGGACGGAUCGACGAUCUGAGCAGGGAGAAAAUCAUGCUCGAAGGCGAACUAAGUGCCCUUGGAGAGAAGAAUCGAGAACUCAGCAAAGAUGCAGCAAAGUGGCAAAAAGACUCUCUUAAACAGCAUCGAAAGCUCGUCGACUACGACGGAGAAAAAAAGAAGCUUGAGAAGAAGAUCAAUGAUCUCGAAGAAGAAGUGGGAGACUUGCAAACGGCGGUCCAGAUGUUCAAAGACGGCCACGAUCAUGACGUCGAAGAACAGAACGAAGAGCUUGCCAAGAUGGAGAACAAAAUACGAAGAUACGAAGAGAAGAUCAAGCAGGAAAAGGCCAAAACUGGUACGCUCCAGGUCGAUAUGGCAACAAUGAACAACAUAAAAGAAGCUCAGAAAUGGAAUGAGCAAUACAUUGAGGACGCGUCGGAUUCGGAGGAAGCGCAAGAACAAUCGACAGCAAGUCCAAACAUGGCGUGUGAGGCUAAAGCCGGCGCCGACGAGUUUUUGAAGACUGGAAAGGCGGCAAAUGGUGUGGAAUCGGAGGAGAAGUCGGAGGCAUCGAAGGAGGAAAGAAAGGGGAAGAAAGCAAGAUAUCAUGAAUGAGCAUGAGGUGUAGGUCAUUACCACAAGACCACCAAGGUUGUCUUGUUCCACGAAGCCUGUCAUGGGAGCGAGGGUUUGCAUACGGUAUCAGGCGGAGGAAGAUCAGGGAAGUUAUGUGCAGCGGCACACUCUGAACAAAGGAAGCAACGACGCAUGAACAACUCACGUCAGAUGUGCACGAGAGAAGCAGUUUUCCAUAAGAGAACUCAAGUCAAAGUAA